AUGUCAUAUCUCUCUCCGUACCAUCCUGAUCAACCUGAACCGACUAUUGAGGGAUUCGACCUAUCUUCUAUCCCAGAUGAAGAUAUUGAUAAACCAUCUGGAAACAGUGAGCUGCUGCCAAAAGCGCUCAAAUCACCUAAUGACAGGCGAAUGAUCUACCCACCGUUGAUACUCGGUUGUUCAACAUUUGGAUAUGGGAUAUAUGCCGAUGACGAUAAUGUGAAAUCCAGUAUACCACUGAGAGUGGUAAGGUUAGCUAUGAGAUGCGGUAUGAAGGCUUUUGAUACGUCACCAUGGUAUCAUCCAUCCGAGAUAGUACUAGGAAACAUAUUCAAAGCGUUGGAAUCAGAUUAUCCAAGAGGAUCCUAUCAUUUGAUAACAAAAGUAGGAAAAUUCGGUCCAAAUUCAAAAGAUCAUCAUUUCGAUAGAGUAUCAGUGAGGAAAAGUGUCGAAAGAAGUUUGAAAAGGUUAAACACGGAUUAUCUCGAUGUUGUUUAUCUACACGAUUUAGAAUAUAUCCUACCACCACCUUCAUAUUCCGGUAAAUCAAUAUCGUCACUCUCAGCGAUCUUAUCUUCAUCCAUGGAACCUACGAAAGAGGAACAGAUCUUACUGGGAGCCAUCGAAGAAUUAAGGGAAUUACAAGAUCAAGGUAAAAUAUUAAAAGUUGGAAUAGCAGGAUAUCCAUUACCUGUCUUACUUCGGAUAUCCCUAUUAACACUUUCAAAUUCAAUCUCCAAGAAACCAUUAGAUGUCAUCCAGACUUAUGGUCAUCACACAAUACAGAAUGACACUUUAUCAUCAGGAUACCUGAAAGCUCUGAAUGAAAUAGCAAAAGUUGAACAGGUCGUUUCGGCUGCACCUUUAGCUAUGGGUGUUUUGACUUCUCAUGGAGGCCCAUCUUGGCAUCCUGCAAGAUCAUAUUCUGAUUUAUGGGAAACAACAAGAAAAGCUUCUGAUAUAUGUAGAUCAAAAGGGACUACUUUGGAAGAUGUUUCAUUGAGAUUCGGAUAUAGACGUCUAAAUCAAGUUGAUGGGAAAAAAGUUCCAAUCGUAGUUGGAUGUACUGAUUUAGAUCAAUUACAUUCUACGUUGCAAAAAUGGAGUCAAGUCAAUAAUUCGCAAUUAUAUGACAAAGAACAAGAUGAAAAGAAUAAACAAAUCGAAAACGAAAUUAGUAAAUUAUUCGAGGAUAGCGGUGUCAAAGGUUGGAGUUGGGAAUGUCCCACAGACAUUCAGAGAUCAGGAUGA